UUUUAGUCAAUUGCUCUUGUUGAAAUAGUAUUUACUCUUAAAAAAAAUAAAAACAGUAAGGGAGUAUUUUACCAGUCUGGUUGUCUGCGUUUUUAUCGAAAGGCAAAACCCUAAGCCAAAAGUCAAAAGAUUGAGUUCUGAGACAUCAAUCAUGGCUGACCAAGAACAAAUUCUUGAUUCUGCUGCUGCUGAUAUUGCCCCAUUUGAUCCCACAAAAAAGAAGAAAAAGAAGAAGGUUGUUAUUCAAGAUCCCACUGAUGAGCCUGUGGACCAAAUAGUAGAAAGUACUGAAAAUCUAACUGCAACUGAUGGCACUGACACUGCGUUUGCUGGCUUGAAAAAGAAGAAGAAGAAGCAGGUGCAAACUGAUCUGUUGGAUGAUGAGAAAGAAAACAUGGCAGAUGAUUUGGAUGAUAUCAUUGGGGAAGAUGAAGAUGGAGAAGGCAUCAUAUUGCAACAGCAGUUACCCUGGGAAGGAACUGAGCGAGAUUAUGAAUAUGAAGAGGUCAUCACUUCCUGCACUUUGGGUUUGACCACUGGCGGAGGCACAUUGGGGCAGCUUUUAGGUCGAGUGUUUAAUAUUCUUCGCGAGCAUAAUCCUGAACUUGCUGGAGAUAGACGGAGAACAGUUAUGAGGCCUCCACAAGUUCUUCGUGAAGGGACCAAGAAAACUGUUUUUGUGAACUUCAUGGAUCUGUGCAGAACGAUGCAUAGGCAACCGGAACAUGUAAUGACUUUCUUGCUGGCUGAAUUGGGUACGAGUGGGUCCCUUGAUGGACAACAAAGAUUGGUUGUUAAAGGGAGAUUUGCUCCAAAAAAUUUUGAAGGGAUUCUGCGUCGAUACAUUAAUGAAUAUGUCAUUUGCAAUGGCUGCAAAAGUCCAGACACAAUUUUGUCAAAGGAGAAUCGUCUUUUCUUUCUUCGAUGUGAAAAGUGUGGUUCCGGCAGGUCUGUUGCUCAAAUCAAGGCAGGUUUUCAGGCUCGUGUUGGUCGUCGGAAGGCUGGAACCUAAUCUGUUGGUUUUUGUCCCAUCUCUCAGAAGUGCUUCAGCUUUAUGUUCCAUAAAUUUAACAGUUAGUUUCUUUAAUGUUCGAUGACAUCAUAUGUUUGUGCUUUGUUGACAAUUGAAUGUGGAGAUUUAUCAGCAAUAAGGAGUUUGUUCGAAUGUGAUUGUUUGUUCA